AUGACGACGGCAUUCGCCACCGUCAUGCGCUCUCCUUUCGCAGCAGAUCGUACUUCAAAAUCAAAGAUGUUCAACACACUAGCGUCUCUCGAUCACUCAGACGUCUUCGGUGACGUCGCGUCGACGGCGCUCGAUGAGCUGAUUCGCAAUUCAGCCGCCGCUAUCGGCGGUCACACGAGUCUGUCUGGCAUUCAGCCAAUGGCAAGCUUAAAUAGCAACCAAUUUGGCCAAUCUGGUAAUUUGUCGAACUCCCAAGAAGCUCCCAGCCGCGGGCGCAAAAAGAACUCUACUAUAAAUCUUGUAUGCGUCGUAUGUGGUGAUCAGGCGUUUGGGAAACAUUAUGGUGUUAAUGCAUGUAAUGGAUGUAAAGGUUUCUUUAGAAGGAGCGUUUGGAACAAUCGCCAAUAUAUGUGCCGUUUCGAUGGACAGUGUGCUAUAGCGAAAGAACAUCGUAACGUUUGUCGAGCAUGUCGGCUGAAACAGUGCUUCAUUGCAGGAAUGAACCCGCGAGCGGUACAAUCAGAACGAGAACGCAGUGAUCCGCUGCAUGACAUGGAAGAUGGUGAUGACGAUUAUCGAGAGAAUUCGCCGGAUAGGUGUUCAGUUGAAGUUCAAACCGAUCAGGUCUCCGUCAAAGCAGAUGCACUGCCAAGUCCCGAUGCAGAAUUAAACAGAGCAGCUGACACCUUGCUGGCCAUGCAUCGACAAGUCUGCAACAGAGUAGAUCCUCCUACAGUUUCGGGAUACGCACGUUCAGAUGGUUUAUCGUCAGCUAGUGUGUCGUUUAUCAAUGCGUUUUACAAUCCGAACAUGAUUUCAUCUAGGACUCCUCUGGUCAUUACCGCAGAACGGGUGGCGACAAUGAAGGACGUAAUGCAGGACUGGCGACGGAAUUUUGUUCUGUUUGCUGAUUGGUUGCAUGCCUUACCGGAGUUUGCUUCGUUAAGCGUUGAUGAUCAGAUUCUUAUAGCAAAAAGUCGAUUUGGUCCAUUUUACUGGUGGAUGUGUGCGAAUUGGACAAAUGAAGCAAAUUGCGAUGGGGUUUGUUACGCUAACGGCACGUACUUUCCAAGAACGGAGGCGCUGCAGUGUUUCCCUGACGUCCGAGGCUGCAGUGAACGCAUGGUUGUGACACUGUCAGAGCCUUUGAAAGAGUUACAGCUGGACGAGACGGAAAAGUCACUAAUGCUUGCGGUCAUUGUGUUCAGUGAUGAACCGCUCGAAUUGUCAGUGUCUGGGAAGGAACAUGUACGAAGUAUGGGUCAUCGUUUUGUGCGGAUGCUGCACCAUCACAUCCGUAGUCGUGAACCAAGCCUGUCGAACGCAGCUAUCGCCCUCCGCAUCGCUAAAAUCAUGAUUCUUCUGACAGCAACAACGAAUUUGGUGUACAUGGCCAGCGACAACUUUCAACUGCACGACGUCCUCCAUAUCAACGGCACGCAUGUGCUGAGCUUCGCACGCCAUGGCGCUAUCCGAACAGUUCGUGGAGCCGGUGGUGCUGUGCUCGAACGACCUCUUCUUUUAAUACUAAUUGCAUAG